AUGAGCCGCGUGUCCAGAGCGUUGAGAUCUGUCAUGCAGUUGGAGACGAUACGAAUGGUGUCACUGGCAAAAGAAGGAAAGCUGAUCCCUGCUUCGGAGCUUAAAGCUGGAGAUGUCAUAGCCCUCCGACCUGGCGAAGAGUGCCCCGCAGACGGGAAAGUGACCCGAGGCUCUGCUUCUUGCUCAGAAGCAGCGAUUACAGGUGAAGCAAAGCCUGUGGAGAAGAAGAAGGAGCAUGAGAUCGCAUCGGGAUGCGUCAUCCUCAACGGCUACGUGGAGGUGCAGGAGGCGCAGAUGCAGAGGACCGGCAAGCAAUUGAUGCUGGAAAGGCCCUCCAUCACUGCGGCUGGCCUCGAUAAGACGGGCACGCUCACAAAAGGGGAGUUUGCUGUCCUCGUGGUGCAGGAUUUUGCUCCGAAGAGCGCGGAUUCAGGAAGGGUGGAUCCAUUGACAUUGGCAGCUGCGUUAGAGAUGAAAUCUGCACAUCCGAUUUCUGCAGCCAUCGUGUCGAAAGCCGUUGGCUGCGUGGGCGAGGCAUAUGAACUGGCCCAGCUACCAGAAGUCAAGAAGUUUCGAGUUCUGCCAGGUGUUGGCAUACAGGGAAACGUAUCUUCCGGAACCAGCUUCGCACAGGUUUUAGUGGGCAACAAACGGGUCCUGGAGGCCGUACAAGCAGACCCUUCAGCCCACUCCAAAUUCAGCAAUUUUCAGCAGCAGCACCCUGAUGAUACAACGGUGGCUGUGGUAGUCAAUGGCACUUUGCGCCUUGGUUUGGCACUGAACGACAUGAUCCGCGGUGAUGCCGAGUUGAUGGUGCGGGAGUUGAAGGCUCUUGGCUGCCAGCCUGCCAUGCUCACUGGUGAUGCGGAAGCAGCAGGCAAGCAUGUUGCAUUGUCAGUUGGCCUGAACCCCGCCUCGUGCAGUUUCUCGAUGCAUCCAGAGGAGAAGCAAGCUUGGAUUCAACAGCAGGAGGAUUCAGGCAAGUCUGUCCUAAUGCUGGGCGACGGCAUCAAUGAUGCAACCGCUUUAGCGGUGGCAUCCGUGGGCGUUGCAAUGGGGGAAACCAGUGCCGCACUCGCGGCGAACUCGGCAGAUAUGGUAAUGAUGACCGACAAGCUGGGGAGGCUUUGCCGCUAUGCAAUUUGGAUUGAGCGGGCGAACAUCUUCAUUCCCUGCCUGGUGAAGAUUGUGGAGGUUGGCUUUGCUCUAUCAGGCCACUUGAAGUUGUGGAUGGCGAUCGUCGCCGAUUUGGGUACAUUGCUUCUGGUACUGAUGCUUGGAAUCUCAAUCCUUUCUCGCCGGUUCUGGACGAGUGAGAAACCCUCGGCCUAUGCGGAAGCUUUGCUCAAUCACCACCAUGCUCACUUCUCGCCAUCCAUGGAGUGCCAUCAGCUUUUAUCCAGAAGUUGCUUCAUGUCCGGAAGGCAUACACAUCGACUUUAUUUGGUGUGGUAA